CCUCUCCUUAUAUAGUAUGCACCUAGGGCGGUUAAGGUAAUUGGGGAACUUAUAAGUUGAAAAGUAGGGCCAAGCCCGUGAUGUGUGAGGCCAUAGCCAUACCCAUGUUCUAUAUAUAUUGGAUCGGGGUACUAACACUAGCACCACCAGUAGGGUUUGCUGAGGCCGUCAUUUCAAAUCGACCUGAUCAAGAAAAAAAAAAAGGCCGUCACAGCAAGAGAGGCAAUUGGAGCUGAUCAGUUGAAGAAGAAUGGCCGUCGGAAAAAACAAGCGCAUCUCCAAGGGAAAGAAGGGUGGCAAGAAGAAGGCCGCCGAUCCCUUUGCCAAGAAGGAUUGGUACGAUAUCAAGGCUCCUUCCGUCUUCCAGGUCAAUAAUGUGGGCAAAACCCUUGUUACUCGUACUCAGGGCAAUAAGAUUGCUUCUGAAGGACUCAAACAUAGAGUGUUUGAGGUCUCACUUGCUGAUCUUCAAGGGGAUGAGGACCACGCCUUCAGGAAGAUUAGACUGAGAGCAGAAGAUGUACAAGGAAGGAAUGUGCUCACAAAUUUCUGGGGAAUGGAUUUUACUACUGACAAGCUGAGGUCGCUUGUCAAAAAAUGGCAAACUUUGAUUGAAGCUUUCGUGGAUGUGAAGACCACAGAUAAUUAUAUUUUGAGGCUUUUCUUUAUUGGGUUUACCAAAAGACGGUAUAACCAAAUGAAAAGAACCUCUUAUGCCCAAUCAGGGCAAAUUCGGCAGAUUCGCAGGAAGAUGAGGGAGAUCAUGACCAAGCAGGCAACAUCCUGUGAUCUCAAGGAGUUGGUCCGUAAGUUUAUCCCAGAAAUGAUUGGGAAAGAGAUCGAGAAGGCUACUUCUAACAUUUACCCUCUUCAAAAUGGGUUUAUCAGGAAAGUUAAGAUCCUGAAAGCCCCAAAAUUUGAUCUGGGGAAAUUGAUGGAGGUCCACGGUGGUGACUAUGCUGAAGAUAUUGGUGACAAAGUGGACAGGUCUGUUGAUGAACCAAUGGCCGAGGCUGGGGCUGAAGUUGUUGGCGUUUAAGUGAUAAUGGAUUUUAGUUUGUUUUAGCACUUUAGGUUUAUUUACCAGUUUUGUUUUGACAACGAGAAUCAUAAUUUUGCUUUCAAUGUAAAUUUUCGAUUUUGGGUCUGCAAGAUUUUGUUUUUGGUAAAAGGGUCUGCAAGAUUUAAUUAUUGGAUCUUAUUUACAUUGACUUCCAACUAUCCAUUUGUUGGUUGGAAAAGACAAAAAGUUCUAAAUUUUCGAUUUUAGGCCUUAAGAAGUGGUUGAUUAAUUUAUUUUAAAAUAAGAUAUGAAGUGUUACGGAUAUUGUUGCC